CUGUAAUGUUUCUGCUUAUUCGUAUCGACGUUUGGCAACAAAAACCGGUCGAUAAUUAUUGCUAGUAUACAAGCAAUAAAUUAGAUAUCACAAACAUCGCGAAUAAAAUAAGAAUAUACAUGUAUAUAUCUUAAAAAAACAUAUUUUGGGAGAUAUGACCGGGCAGCACCCUUUAUGCAUUUUUUUCGGUAUUAAUGUGCUUUUUUCGUGAACUGUGUCUGUGAGACGGUACAUUUGGUAUUCACUAAUGGAGCUGUGAGGGGAAUGCAAUAAUUUUCCUGUAAUGGGAUGUAACCUCAAUUCGACCCCGGCCCUGCAUUCCCUAUAGCUUGCUGUUGGAGACUGCAAUGGCAGCUAACUGUCCAUACGGUGGCGCUAGAGUCUGACUAAAAUUGUGCUGCAAGAGUCGGGCCCGCGCAUGAAAUGCUCGCUCCACUUAGCAUCCUCCCAGCUCCCCCCUAGUACACCAGUUUACCUCUAGAGGUCAUCAGGCAGGAUUUACGACUGGACAACAAAAGCACGUGAUAUCAAGUCGUACCCCAUAUUUGGGUGCCUACGUAGGAGGGAACCAAGUACAUGUCCCAGUCAUUUCCAUAAUUCAUCAUAAAUUGUGCAAGGGUGCUAUAGACGCACAAAACGACCAAGAACCACAAAUCAAGCACACAUAUCAAAAAACAAAUGAGCUCUUAUUUUGUAAACUCAUUUUGCGGUCGCUAUCCAAAUGGCCCGGACUACCAGUUACAUAAUUAUGGAGAUCACAGCUCGGUGAGCGAGCAAUACAGGGAUUCAGCGAGCAUGCAUUCCAGCAGGUACGGAUACGGCUACAAUGGCAUGGAUCUUAGCGUUGGACGAUCAGCUUCCAACCACUUUAGUGCCAAUGACAGAGCAAGAAAUUAUCCAUCCAACCCAACUUCAUCAUCAGAGCCAAGGUAUAACCAACCUGCAACGUCUUCACAUUCUCCUCCACCUGACCCUCUCCCUUGUGCUUCUGUGGCCACUUCGCCUGUCAGCGAGAGUCACCAAGGGGUGAAAAACUCUAUAACUAACUCAAACAACACCACCACGGUCAAUGCCAGCAACAAAAGCAAUAACAACAGCUCCCACAUAAACAGAGAAGGGCUUGGUACUUCUUCUGGUGCUGAGGAUGACACACCAGCUAGCAGCGACCAGGCAAGUUCACAGAAUGGCCAGAGCCCUGCUCCGUCAGUCCAGCCCCAGAUCUACCCCUGGAUGAGAAAACUGCACAUAAGUCAUGAUAAUAUAGGGGGACCAGAGGGGAAAAGAGCUAGGACAGCCUAUACCCGCUAUCAAACCCUGGAGCUGGAAAAAGAAUUUCAUUUCAAUAGAUACCUGACCCGCAGAAGGAGAAUUGAAAUAGCACAUGCUCUUUGCCUCUCUGAGAGACAAAUUAAAAUCUGGUUUCAGAACAGAAGGAUGAAAUGGAAAAAGGACAACAAACUGAAAAGUAUGAGCAUGGCAGCAGCUGGUGGAGCAUUCCGCCCAUAAACCUAUAAUCAAUGAAAUAAGUACUGACUCAGUAUUAGUUAAAUAUGUAUAUUGUCACCACGACUUUCUAGAACUCUUCCCUGUGACUUCUGUGAAGACCCCUUGUUAUUGUUCUCCUUUAAAGUCUAGCCAGGAGCCUUUAUUUGGUUAAAAUUGCUACAAAUAAAAUGCUUUAUGUAAAUGUUUUGUUUCGAAUGGCAAUGUCUUGAAAAUUAAAUGUUUUAACUUAUUUGACUAUGUAAAGCGCUCUCUGUUACUUGAAGUAACUGUAAAAUAAUGUUUAUUACAAAUGUUCUGUGUUGCAUUGGAUUGACAAACUCAGUAUGUGUUCGUAAUGCGUGAUUAUGCCUGAAUGCCAACAAAUUUCACUAAACUAUCUAGAAUUCCCGUGAAAAAUAACUAUGUUGUAGAGGUAACUUGUUCAAUCCAGUUUAUCCUGUGAUCUUGUGGUGAGUAGUAAAAAACAUAUUACAGAAACUGUUAUCCCAAGCACUCUGUCCUAGCUGUUCCUUUUGUGUACCCUGUCUCUCUGCACGAUUUCCUAAAGGUGGCUGUGGUCUCAGCUUCGUGUACGUUAAUAUGUGUUUUGUUCAUAAAGUUAAGAAUGUAGUCAAGCUUGGCUGUUAAAGCAAUUGAUAAACUUUAUUUUUUCCCUUUGUAAAUGUUUUCCUUUUUUCCAAACAACAUGACUGGAAGUAAAAGAAAAAAAAAAAUAAACUUUUUACUGAAAAUAAUGUUUUAUUUAUCAUUAGAGAAAAAGUUUUUGGACUGUGUUGUGCAUGCUGAUUGGAUUCAUAUUGAUUUGUGAAAGCCAUGUUUCAAGACAAUAAUUUCAUCAGGAGAGCUAUCUGUGGUGUCCACUUACUUGAAAUAUCAGUAUUGGGUGCAAUGUGGUAAAUAAAAUUUCACUUUGAAAACUGUAAAUGAAAA